AUGCCUUCUCAUUACACACUGCACUCUCAAUACUCAGCUUCCCAAGCCAGCAUUGAAGUUGCCCCUAAUACCCGAAUGGAGAAGUCAACUGACUCUCAUGUUGAUGGAUCCAUCCUUAAACCUGGCCACUCAUUUAACAAUGUGAUACAGAUGAGAGCAGACAUACCUCAGUCUGGCACUGAGGUUGUGUCUGCUGGUGCUCUAAGCACUGAGGAUACCCCUAGUAGCUAUAAAACAUCUAUAGUCCCAAAUCCUGUCACAAAAGUUUUGGAUAACCCCUUUAUUAGUUCAAGUGAAUCAUCUGAUGAGUCUGAGGUGGACACAUCUUGUAAGACAGUCAAAUAUAGCCAUAAGAGGUUGAAGAGAGUGGCUAAGGUAUCAGCAGUGGAAAUUCCACUGCCUAAAGCUGACCUAGUUAAGGAAGCAGAGAAGCUCCUUACUGUGGAAGAAAAACAAUGUAUCCUUAAAAGGAGACACACCGAAAUGAAUGUGGAUUCCCAUAAAAUGACUGAAUCAUCUUAUGAGGAAGGGCCCUUCAACCUCAAAGGAAAGAGGGCAGAUCCCUGGAACUGGGGAAAUGUAAACUUGGAUGAAUCUAAGAUAUAUAUAGAGGCCCAGAAAGAGGCACUUGAGACCUGGACUCAUACCCACCAAUGGGCUAAGGGAGUUCAGCAAAAAGAACUGGUUAGUGAAGGCUCUGAUAAGGAAAACAAGAACAAGCAUAGUUUAAAACAUAAGCUUGAGAAGAGGGAUGACCCACCCACCAAGAAGGUGAAAAUCAAGACCUCCAAAAAGAAGAAAUCCAAAAGGGCAGGAAAGGAGUUGAGAGGUGCUAACACUAUUGAAGAAAUGAUCAAAAAAAAUAAGGAGAAAACCCUCUAA